CUUACGUCAUCACGUAGUUAAAAGAAAAGGAAGCCGCGGCCAUGCCUGACAGGAGUCAUGUGAUUCUGAAGUUCAGGACAGAAGAUCCUCAGACAGGAUGAUCUACAUCAUAAUGGGAGUCUCAGGCUGUGGAAAAAGCAGCUUCGGGGCUUAUCUUUCAGAAAAGCUGGGCUGGACACUGCAUGAAGGGGAUGAUUUCCACCCACAGGAGAACGUUGACAAGAUGGCUCAGGGUGAGCCGCUCACAGACGAGGACAGAUUUCCUUGGCUCCUGCGACUACAUGAAGUCAUUCAGAGAGAAAGAUGCUCAGGCUCCGAUGCUCUUGUGACGUGCUCCGCCCUGAAGCGUGUCUACAGGCAGAUCAUUCUGCAUGGCUCCAGAGCCCUCGACCAAGACGUCCUGCCCCCCGUCACUCCUGAUGUCUUUUUCCUCUUCCUACAUGGAGACUACAGUCUCAUUCACCAGAGGAUGGUGGCCCGCAGGGGACAUUACAUGAAAGCAGACCUGCUGCGCUCCCAGUUUGAUGCUUUAGAGCCUCCGCUGGAUGAAGGGAACGUGCUGUCUCUGGACAUCAGGAGGAGCGUCACUGAUCUAGGCAUGGAGGUCGAGCAGCACAUUAUCGGCCUCAAGUCGUCACCAGUGAUGCUGUAAUCAACACAGACAGAGAGGCAGUCAUCAUCAUCAUCAUCAGGUUCUCAGGUGUUCUCAGGUAAUGUUGGUCUGUCAGUUCGUCCUCCACUUGGGUCCAGACUGAAAUAUUUUAUCACCUAUUAGAUGGAUUUCCUUGAAAUUGUAUACAAGCAUUUCUGGUGCCAACAGGAUGAAGCCUAUUGACAAUGGUAGUUACCUGAUGUUUCCUCUGAUGAUUGUAUAUAAUCGAAUUUUUGCUUGAAAAAUGAUUAAAUUCAAAGUUGGUAGUGAUUCAA